GAAACGGAUGAUUUGCUUCCUAAUCUUCCCGAAUCUGGCUUGCCUCAAGGGAUCCUUCCUAAACUAAUAGCAAAUCUAGUUAAUAAAAGAAAGUUGGUUAAAAAUUUGAUGAAAGAUCCCAAAGCUUCACCUAGUGAUCUUGCACAAUAUGAUAUUCGUCAAAAAGCUCUUAAACUUACAGCAAACAGCAUGUAUGGUUGUUUGGGCUUUCCACAAUCUCGGUUUUAUGCGAAAGCUUUGGCCAUGUUAAUCACUUCUAAGGGUCGGGAAAUUCUCCAAGAUACUGUUAAUUUGACAGAAAAUGAAGGCGUGGAGGUCAUAUAUGGUGACACUGAUUCAAUAAUGAUCAACACCAACACCACAGAAUUACAUGAAGCUUCUGAAAUAGGAAAGAUGCUGAAAAAGAAGGUUAACCAACAAUAUAAACUUCUUGAGAUCGAAAUUGAUGGGUUUUUUGAAAAGAUGCUGCUUUUGCGAAAGAAAAAAUACGCUGCCGUUGUUAUAGAAGAAAAUAAUGGCAUUUUGACGCGACAUCACGAGACAAAAGGUGUCGAUCUGGUCAGAAGAGAUUGGUGUGAAUUGGUUCGAAAUGCUUCUAAAUAUGUUUUGGAUCAAAUUUUAUCUUCUUUUGAUCGGACUGAGGUGGUGAAUAAUAUCCACGAAUAUCUGACACAGUUAGGACAUGAAAACCUCACGAAAGCGCCGGAGGCUUAUGCUGAUGUUAAAAGUCAACCGCAUGUGCAAGUUGCAUUACGGAUGAAAAAUAGAGGAAUGAGCGCUCGCCAAGGAAAUACCAUUCCUUACGUGAUAUGCAUUAGAACAGAUGAAAAUGCCAUAGCUAGCAAAGGUCUUGCUGAUAAAGCAUUCCAUCCAGAUGAAAUCCGAAAAGAAGACUCUAAUUUACAACCUG